AUGGCUCUACUCAGGACGCUUCUCUACGCGAGCUUAGCUCUGCCUGCUUUGGCCGAGAUAGUCGUGCCUCCACGAGCUGACAUGGCACUUCUGGGUCCCAUCUAUCAACCUGCUGCCAACAGCUCCUUCAAGGCUUUCGAAGAUGCUGCUACCAAGGCCAAGGCAGCCAUCGAAGAGAUCAUUGCCAAUGGAAACAGUAGCUUUGGACCAUUCGACACUGAGACGACCUCAUUCUCAUUGUCCGUUUUUACCGCUUCUGAUGCCAAGCCCUUGUUUGAAUAUCAUUUCGAAGCGCCGGGCUUGAAUGGCUCUUACACCAAGGGCAAGUUGACAGAGGAUACCAUCUACAGAAGUGGCAGCCUGGGGAAGCUUUUGGUGGUGUAUACGUUUCUUGUCGAUAUUGGAGACGAUAUCUUCACAGAUCCGAUCACCAAGUAUAUCCCUGAGCUUGCUGAAGCGAAUAAGAACUUCAUCAAUCCUAUUGUCUCAACCAAUUGGUCAGAAGUCACCGUCGGAUCUAUUGCUUCCCAACUGUCAGGCAUUGGUCGUGACUUUGUGCUGGGAGACCUGUCUAUUGAAACAUUCGAGAAUCCACCACUGGAUGUUGUGGUUGCCAAUGGUUACCCUGAGUUAGAUAACAAGACUUUUCCUCCGUGCAAUUUCUAUGGGCCUCAGCCAACCUGUACCCGUGAACAAACACUUCAGGGAAUAAUCAACCACCCGCCCGCUUUCAAGUCCUACACAACACCGGCAUAUUCGAACCUGGGAUAUCUGCUGCUAGGGCUAGUUUAUGAGAGCAUCACGGGACGCACCAUUGAUGAAGGGCAACUUGACGUGUUCCACAACAAACUAGGAGCAACUUCAACCUAUCCCCGACCUCCACCUGCGGAUGUCGAUGCAGUCAUACCCUACAACGACACAUACGCGCUCUUCAGUUACGACUUGGGCCUGCUAGCUCCGGCCGGAGGACAAUAUGUGUCAACGAAAGACUUGAGGACAUGGGGACAGGCUAUUUUGAAAAGCACUCUACUACCACGGGCUCUGACUGGGCGCUGGUUAAAACCGAGAUCCUUUACUUCUCAGUGGGCUUCCGCCGUUGGGGCGCCAUUCGAGAUCUAUCGUUUAGAAAUCCCAUCCAAUGAGAUUAUCAAUGCAGGUCGGAUUGUGGAUACUUACUGCAAGCAAGGCGAUGUGGGACAGUAUUCCACCUACUUCGGUAUUGUGCCUGAUCUCGACAUUGGAAUCUCUGUGCUGGCCGCAGGUGUGAGUCCGAACAGACAGGUACCUCCGGUUCGAGACACCGUCGUUGAGCUAUUCUACGCCGCAGCAGAUGCCGCUGCCAAAGAACAAGCCAGCAACGCAUUCCGAGGAACAUUUAGAUCCAAGGAGGCCAACUCAUCGAUCACGCUGACAGUGGACGGCGGUCCAGGCGUGCUUGUAACGGACUUCAUCAGCAACGGAGUCGAUUUCCUGCACAGUGACAUUCUUGCUAAGUUUAAUACCUUCCGCCUCUUCCCCACAAAUCUCAGCUACGACGAGGACGGGGUUACAUAUUUCGCCUAUCGGCUCGAAUUCGGACGCAACAAUGGUGAACCCGUGCUUGGUGACUGGUGGUCUGAGUAUAAUGAUCAAUGGCUGCAGGUCGACUCGCUCAUCUACAAUAAUCUGGCAACGGAUGCAUUUGUCAUCGGAUUUGAUGCUGAUGGAAUCGUGCAGAGCGUUGCUUCGCAGGCUUUCCGGACCACUAUGGUCAGAGCUUAG